CAAGAGCCCAGAAAGAGCAGCAUCUGAAAACCCAGCAUAAUUGACUUGGAUUAAUUCCGAAGAUCUGAGUUCCAUUAUGGCCGAAGAAGUCUUGCUGUUUGGUGCGUGGGGAAGCCCUUUUAGUCGAAGGGUAGAGAUGGCUCUAAAACUGAAAGGAAUCCAAUACAAAUAUUUUGAAGAAGAUAUAACCAACAAGAGUCCUACCCUUCUCAAAUACAACCCCAUUCACAAGAAAAUUCCGGUGCUGGUACACAAUGGAAAGCCUAUAGCUGAGUCCCAGGUUAUUCUGGAAUACAUCGAUGAGACCUGGAAAGGCCAUCCCAUAUUUCCCAAAGAUCCCUACGAGAGAGCCAACGCACGUUUCUGGGCCAAAUUCAUUGACGAAAAGUGUUUGCCUGUGAUACACAAUGCUCUCUGGGGUGAAGAGAAACAGCAUGAGAAUGCUGUAAAAGAAGCAUGUGAGCUUCUAAAGCAUCUGGAAGACGAGAUCGGAGAAAAGAAGUAUUUUGGAGGAGAGGCGAUUGGAUUUGUAGACAUUGUUGCUAACAUCAUAGGGUUUUGGUUGGGAAUAUUUGAAGAAACUUCAGGUACAAAGUUGUUGACAAGAGUGGAAUUUCCCAAACUUAGCAACUGGGCUGAUGUGUUCGUGAGCAGCAGUGGCAUCAAAGAAAACCUUCCUCCCAAAGACAAAUUAAUCGCCUAUUUACGAACUCGCUUUGGGACACGUAGUACUGAUGCCUCCAAAUAGAAGAA